UUCAGCCUGGGCACUGAACCCAGGCCACCAAAGCGGAGUGUGCUGAACUUAACAACUAGGCCAUGGGGCUGGCCCUAAUUACACUGACUUUUAAAUAUAGUUGGUCUAACCAGGAAGUGGGAAAAAAACUUUUACAACUUAUAGUAACUACGUAAAUAUUUUCCCAAAUUCUCAAAAAAAGUUUUCUAGAAUAAAAUUUUUCAAUCUUUCAGAAAUAACCUUUAUUAUUUAUACGUUAAUAAACACAACUCUUUCAUUUGAAGUUAAUGAUUUAUUAUACUUUCCUAUUGAGAAAACUCACCUUUUAUUCCAUUUCUUUGAAAAAAAUUGAGGUACAAUUUUACAUACAGUAAAAUAAAGAGAUCUUAGGGGUUUAGCUCUGAGUUGUGACUCUAGGGUCCACUGAGAACCUGUAAAAAUAUGUAAAAUAUUUCCAUUGCCCCAGAAAGUAUUCUCCUGUCCCUUUCUAGUCUAUCGCCCUCCCACUGAUUCCUAUAACCAAAGCUUUGUUCAGUCAACAUAAGGUUUUUGAGAUUCAUCCAAUGGGUCAGCAAGCUGUUCCUUUUCAUUGCUGACCAGCACUCCAUUCUACGAAUGUACCAUAAUCUGUGCAGACACUGGGCUGCCCCCAGCCUGGGGCUACUAUAAAGAAGGCUGCUAGGAACAAGCUUGGAUUAUAAGGCUUUUUGUGGCUAUGCUUUCAACUCUGUUCCACUUCUAAAUUUUUCGUUCAAAAUUGGCCCUUUCUGGAUAAACAAAGUGAAUGCCCUCAAAGCUGUCGGCUUUGGCAUCUUUGUGCUACUCUGGGAAAAAUCUUAUUACAGUCUAGGAUUCACUGCUUUGUCUUUAGGAGUAAAACUUACAUUGCAAAGAAGCACACUAGUUCAAGUGGGGGAGAACUGCUAUUCUCGAAGUUUCAUAGCUAGCUUUUAAGUCUAGAAGUAAACUGCUUUCUGACUUUUGAAUGGGAAGAUUUGUUUGUUGUUCUAUUUUAAAAGUUUAUACGACAGGGAAAGCUUUUCUAAAGGUCAAAGUAUUAAAACAGACUAUAUUUCCAAAGAGCAGAAUCAUCCAAAUUUAUCUUAAAAGCCUCACUUUUAAAAAUGUGACCUAAACAAAGAUAGUUAAGUUGUUUCUGAUAGAUAACGAUUGUCUGUAAACACUGCAUGGCAAUUAAGGAUCUCCAAGUGUUUACUAAGAAUGCAGAGUCAUCAUGAGUCAGUCAGUUUUUAAAAACCACUGGAUCUAUAUAGCGAAGAAAACACAGAUAAUGUGAACUGUAACUCUUUUUACUCUAAUUGUCAUAGACAGAAGAUGAAAAUAUUUUUGAUCUCCUAGACAUUUUAAACAAUUUCUGAAAAGUUAUCUUCCCAGUUUUUGCUUCAAUAAAAGUCUAAGUAUGGGUUCUACAAGUAGCUCAUUCAAGAGAGCCAAAUGUCAUUUGCUACUACAAUCUGUUCCGAAGGGGAGACUCAGAAUGGAAAGUGGUUAUCCAUAGUGCUCCAAAAUAGAUUUUGCAACUGUUAUACUAUCAUUGUCCAGCAGGAAACAGACUAUUUUAUUUUUUUCAUAAAGCACUUACUACAAACAUGUUAAUGUUUCCUAAACAAACAAUACAAUGAGAACUAAACUGAAGACACAACGUAUUGGGACUUAAAUUAAAUACGUACUAUUAAGAUAUUUAUCGGUCGUCGUUAUUUCUGAGAAUCAGUCCUCAUGUUAAAUAUUUAACAGCUUUAAAGAGGAAGUUGCUAUAUAUUAUUGAUUGAAGGGGGGAAAAGGUUUAGGUUAAGUUUCCUUAAUGCCUCUUGUAGGAAUUAAAUAUUUGUUGACAGUAGGGAUCUUCAGGGAAAAAAACCCUACACUUCUAAAAUCUUCCAGCCAUUAAAUAAAAAAUCAUACUUUCUAAUCGGCUUCAACUACACUCUAUUAACAGAAAAUUAGAGCUAAUAUAAAACCAGCCAGCCUCAGAAUCGAUACACAUAAUUCAGGUUACACUGGACUGGGGUGGGAGGAAGGAGAUUUUUUCUUUUCUUGACUGUAAAAACUCAGCAGUUAAUUUAUGCAAAUUAAGAAGGUAGGUUGGCAACUGGGAACAAGUGUCACAAAAUGCUAUUCAUUGGACCCAGUAUUACCAUUUUAGUCAAUAGAUAUAAGGGUAUAAUUCAAAGAGAAAGAAAACAAUUGGUUUAUGGCUACUUACCACUGAACAUUAUGAAUCAAAAAAAUACAUAUAUAAACAUUACAAAUUUCCAGCUGCAGGGGAACGAUUAGGCCUCCUGUAAUGUUAAUCUAAAAUAGAUUAUACAGUUGUUAGAACAAGAUGAGGAAAACAUUAAAAUAUGUAAAGUACUUAAGUAAAAGAAAUGAUAAUGGGAAAAGUCAACAUUUUACAUAAUUGCUGCAAUUCUAUCAGAAUAAACUAGUAGGAUCAAAAGAAGACUUUGACGUUUAUAAACACUUGAUUUGAAACAGUUUUUUCAUGUUACUUUUAUGUUGCUUCUGAUGUUUCAAUGUUUCUUUUAAUGUUUAUUAUUCGGUACCAUGCUUUCUACCAAACCCUUUCAACAUGUGAAAAUGUGAAAACCUCACAAUCCAUUUCUCAACAGGGCAACUGUCUCUGACCAUAAUUCAGUCACCUAGUUCACCCCGUCUACACCUACCUACCACCAGACUGCCUUUUUAAAAACAUUUCUGAGAAGGGCUAUCUCCCAAGGCACCCUAUUUGUUUGGGGAAAGUAUUCUCUCAUUAAAACAAAAACAUCAUGUUUGUACUGGAGCCGAAAUCCAUCUCCAAAUAACGGUCACUGAUUGGGUCCUGGUUCUGUCUUCUGGUCUGCAGACAGAGCUUCUUCAGUCGGCCUUCCAAAUGCUGUAUUUUAAGUCAGCGACCACAGAUCUCCAGACUGCUCCAGGCUAAGCAACUCUGUUUGCCUCAAAAUUAUCUUAAUUCAUGCUUACACUCCCUGGCGCUCAGGACGCAGGAGCUCCACGUCUGCUGGGGCAACAUGGUUUUCUUCCCUCACCAUCCUAGUCAGUCUGAGCCUAGUAUGCAAACAUCUCACUUACAUUGUCAUGCCCAGAACCCAACAAAAUCUUCCAAGUGUUGAUGGCAUCCGGGAAAUUUUCAUCGUUUGGAUGUGAAAUGCCGAGUUGUGGAUCUUUUUUGCAAAGGAGAGAGCUUAAGUACAGAAUGUUACGUGUAUUCAUUGCAUCUCACUUUCUAAGGCUGGCGCGUCACGGCAGCCUUUGAACACGCUCGGGCUAAUGCAUCCUUCCUCCACCUCGAGCCACUUCGGCUGCCUCCACGCCACCUCAAACGCCCUAGGGUGGGUCAACUCUCUCCUACAGGAGCGCAGGUUAUCUUCCAAUUUUGUUCCUAAACCAAACUGCCACGUACGUAAGCCGCGUCCGUCCGUUCUCGCCCACGCGCCGCGAGCGCCGCCCCGCCGGGAGCCGGGCCUCCCCGACCCCGGCGCCCGAGGUGACGACGACUCCUCCCGCUCCACGACGAGCGAGCAGCCUGCCGAGGGCGGCGGGAAGGAGGAGAGGAGCCGGCGCAGCCCGCCCAGCCGACAAGCGCCACCAGCGAGCGCCGAGGCGAGGCGUCACGCGCCCCGGCCGGCCGCGCCCCCGCCGCGCGGGCUCACGGGCCACGUGCCCCGCCGAGCUCCGCCCUGCCCCUCGGCCCGGGACUUCCAGACGCCCCCACCCCCGCAUUGGGAAGGAUGGGGAGCCGUUGACGGCGGGGUUACCUGUGAGCCGGGCGAACCCGGAAAUGCUCUCGGGGACCGGGAGCCGCUUAAGUGGUUGCCCUCAGGCUGCAGAGUCAGUAUGAUGCCAUCAAGUGUCAUUCCUAAUCACCUGUGGCUCUUGGGGAUCUCGUUAAGAUUGCUCAGCUCCUGAUUUGCUGCUGGUCCAUGGUAGGGAUGGAACAUCUGACCCUGGGACGUCAAGUGGCUGUGUGAAUAAUGAAAUUGCCCAUCACAAACUAGUGUCAUCUGACUCACCAAACCAUGCGUCUGGAUGAGCACAGCAGUAGGCCACUCCCUACAAGACUGAGAGCACAGCUACAACUAAAUGGAAUGAGCAGGUGACUCAAACUGCUAUAGUCCCUGCCCUACUCCUUUACCACUUCUCCCUCAACCCAUGUAAACUGGCUCCCCUCUGACCAGUUAAUGGAAAGGAAAAAAGUGUGGGUCUUGUUCAUUCACAAAAGGAUCUGCAGUGAGCUGGCCAUAGCUGGCUGUGAGUGGUCACUGCACAACACCAUCAUUCAUUAGUGGUCCUGAAACACAACAGUAAAGAGAAAUCCUUCCAUUGGGAAAGACUUUAGAAGACAUGGCCUGAGGUAAAGGUAUAUGCUGGUUCAUUGUUAGUGGCUUAUGAGUUGAUAACCUGAACAGGAACUUGAGAACAAAUUGGAAACUGGCUCAGUUUAUGGGGCCAGUUGGGAGACAAUAACUGCAAAUUAGAGAUGCUGGCCUAUAGAAUGAAGUACAUGCCUAAAACCAGUAAUCGAUGUAUGGUGCCAUCUUCCCCAAAAGGUAUGCAAAGUGGAGAUGAGAGUGGUCUCUCUAUUUUAUAUAUGUCCAAUAUUAAAAAAAAAUACUGGCAGCUUGUUUUCCAAACUUGAUAAAAAGAAUAAAAUUACAAAUCCACAAAGCUCAGUGAACCACAAGCAGGAAAAUUACAAUUAAAAUCACACCUAUGCACUUACAAUCGAACUUUAUAUGAUUAUAUGAUAUCAAUCAGAUAUUUGAUUAUAUAAAUCAAACUUUGUAUGAAAUCAGUUUAUAUGAAAACUUUAUAUCAGUUUUAUCAAACUGAUAAAAUAAAACAAAAACAUCUUUCUUUUUUUUUCUUUUUGAGGAAGAUUAGC